GCAUUUUGGUAAUUUCGUCUGAACUGUGAACUCCGAACCGCGAAUCACUUUUUGAUUAUAGCGUUCAGCCGCGGAAUCAAUAGUCUACGGCGAGGGCUGAUACAAACCGAAGGACACCGCGAUGGCAUCAGGGUGGGGAAUUACUGGGAACAAAGGUCGCUGCUACGACUUCUGGAUCGACUUCAGCGAGUGUAUGUCUCGCUGCCGAGAACCCAAGGACUGUGCUCUUCUCCGUGAAGACUACCUCGAGUGCCUCCACCAUUCUAAAGAGUUCCAACGAAGAAAUCGGAUUUACAAGGAGGAGCAGCGUAAAAUAAGAGCUGCUGCCCGGCAGGGUCAGGAGGGUGAGAGUGUGGGCGGACAUCACUAGCGCUAGUGAUUAAUUGCUGUUUUGACUCUCAGAAUAAGUUGUGGUGAAAUUGUUAUUUUGAUCGAAUUGGCAUUUAUGGAUGUCAUAUGUGCGUUGCUUUUAACUUCCUCCGUUGUUGAUGGCCUAUUUUCUAUUUGCAAUAAAGUAAAAAAUGGACAAUGCUCCGCAGAGUGAAUGUGUAAUAUAGUUCAUGCCUUCUGACAGAGGAAUUGAAGCUUUAAUAUUGCUAUUUUAA